UCAAUUACAGUUUUUCGGGUGUAAAUAGAAGCAAAGUGCGAGGUCAAUGAGGUCCAUUGCUCCUAACACAGUAUAGAAGUCAAAGACUACUUGAACAGUGGCGGCUGAUCUUUAGCCCCUUCGCCGCCGUUGCCUUCUUCCUCCGUCGCUUCUUCCCGCUUCGCCUAAAUUCCCAUCAAUGGCACGAGCUUUUUGAUUUCUAUGUAUGUAUGCAGUAAAAGGGAAGUGAAGUUUCUAGAUUGGUAUUUGAAGAUUUCAGUUGGGGCGGCUUUGGUUGGAGCUUCCAUGGAGUUGUUCAUGAUCAAGACUGGUUUCUAUGAUAAAGUAACUGUCUUGGAGUCAGAGAAGCGGAGUUGGGAGAGUUCUCCAGAGGCUCAGGCUAUUAGAGAUGCACUAAAUCCUUGGAGAAAUCAUGAUGCAGUGGCGAAUAAAAAAUCUUCAGCUUAAGGAGGAGCAAAUAUGCUAUCGAUGGCAGGAGAUCACUGGGAGAAUAUUGGUACCCAUUUUUUGUGGCUGCGGAGCAUCUUGGUAGUUGAGAUGCAAUUAUCAUUUGGUCAAAAAUUGAAUUGUAUUCUUCUAGCUGUAGAAUAAUUGAGAGUUUACCUUGAAUAUCAUGCUAAAAUCUUUUCAUUCCAUAUGAAUUGCUGUCAACUUAUGUUCUUGUUCUAGAAAUCAUGACAUAUGAACCCCGAGCUAUUAUGAUUAA